AAUUUCAUAAUUCAUCAAACUAUUUCGUGAAAUAUAUUUAAAAAUGUAUCGAGGCUGGAACCUUGUGUUGACGAUUAUUGUCACUUUUCUCUCCCGAGAAUGUCUUGGAUUUUGGUCAUGGCCAUUUAAAUUUCAAGCUGCUGUUGCGGAACAAGAGCCUAUCAUAGAAUCGAUAUCAACGACAUACGAGUAUGCUGAUAGUCAUGCAAAACGUAUUGCAAUCAUUGGUAUGCAUUAAUACUACUUUCUAUUCUCUUAUCACCAGUUAUUCCCUUAUAAUAUUCCGCGAUAGUCUUCUUUCAACUGAGUAGAACGCUUGUUGGAAUAUCCGUCUCUCAGAAUGCAUCCAAACAACGGGCCUUUUGCUGUACCCAAAAUGCUAUCUAUUCUAUCGAUUUCCUUCGACUUUCUCAAUACUUUCAUCACGGAAUUACAGUCAUACGUUACUCAUGAAAGCUCCUGACGAUAUAUUUCUAUUUGACAUCGGAAGAGAAAUUAUAUUCCAACUCUUACUAACACAAUAUCAGGUGCUGGAGCCGGUGGAUCUUCCUCGGCAUAUCAUUUACACAAGUAUGCUGCCGAAUCAGACCUUGCAAUCAACGUUACUGUUUUCGAACGAUCCUCUUACAUCGGGGGUCGUUCAACAACAGUAAAUGCAUACGGUAAUUCAUUGGAGCCAGUAGAAUUAGGAGCUAGCAUCUUCGUCGAGGUAAACGCAAUUCUAAAAAAUGCAAGCCGAGAGUUCGACUUGAGCCCACAAUCAUCCAAUACCGAAGACGAAAUUCUUGCUAUUUGGGAUGGAGCAAACUUUGUGUAUACCCAGAAGGAUAGCGAUUGGAAGUAUUGGGAUAUUGCAAAACUCUUGUGGAAAUAUGGACUCGCCCCCAUGAAGACUCAACGCUUGAUGAAGACUAUAGUUGGGAAGUUCUUGCAGCUUUAUGAGGCACCAUAUUUCCCAUUUAGAUCUCUCACGGAAAGAGUAGAGGAAUUGGAACUCAAAACUGUUGCAUCUGUAACGGGUGAACAGUUCCUAGCUGAUAACGGCGUGAGUCUAUCCUUUCGUUCUCUGUCAUCGUAAUACUAAUAAUAACAUGCAGAUUGGAGGCACUUUCCCGACAGAGUUAAUUCAAGCAUCGACUCGGGUUAACUAUGGCCAAAAUCUAAACAUCAUUCACGGCGUAGAGACCAUGGUUUGUAUGGCGAUCGAAGGUGCAAUGCAAAUUCAAGGCGGUAACUGGCAGAUCUUCGACAGCAUGAUUAAAUCUACAAAUGCUACCGUUCGUCUAAACCAUACCGUUACCGAAAUCUCUCAUGUCCAGGACCAGGAAAGAUACCGUGUCAAGACAGUCACUACCGACGCUAUUGGUGUCUUCCAUACCAACGAAGAACCAUUCGACACCAUCAUCAUCGCGGCUCCUCUCCAAUACACCAACAUUAAGAUGUCCUCUGACCUCCUUCAACACACCCCCGACGAGAUUCCCUAUGUGACUCUCCACGUGACGCUCUUCACCUCUCCCUACGGGCUCAACCCAACCUACUUCAAUUUAGGCCCCAACUCUGAAGUACCUACCACAAUCCUCACAACUCUGCCCAAGGACAUGCCCGCCCCCACGGACCCGAAAGAUUUCGCCGGUCCCGCCGGUUUCUUCUCCAUCUCCACUCUCCGCAAAGUCAUCAACCCCACCACCCUCGAAUAUGAAAACCUCUAUAAAAUCUUCUCUCCUCAACCACUUUCUUCCGAAUUUCUCUCCUCUAUCCUCAACAGCGCUGUUCCAGUCCCAGAAGACCUUAACACCAUUUCCUCCUUAGCAAAUAACACAAUAACAUGGUACCAUCCCCACGUCUGGAACUCUUACCCCUACGAAUACCCUCGCGUAACAUUCGAAGAGAUUCAACUCGCACCAGGUAUCUACUACACUAGCGGUAUAGAAUCCUUCAUCAGUACCAUGGAAACAAGUGCAUUGAUGGGUAAGAACGUCGCGAGAUUAGUAGUCGACGAUUUCCUGAAAAGUACGGAGUCAGCCUCGGAGCCAGUAGUUGAGAAAGUUGAAGCUGAGAAUGUAGUUGUUGAGGCAGAGAUUGGUGUUGGUGGUGAUAUACCUGUGGUUGAUGAAUUGUGAUUUUUGUCCUUUUUGGACAUGCAUAACGUUUGUUCUUUCCCAUUCAUCUUGCCAUUCCCAUGGGAGGAAUUACUUUUGUACUAUUCAGAUCAACAUUAGCGAAGCGCAGCGGUAUUUGACAACAUUUGAUGAGAUACUAUCUAACAUUACAAUGAGAUAUAAAGUUCCAUAUUCUUCUAGCGAAG